AUGUUAAUUGAAACACCAGAAGAAGGGAAUACGAACAAGCUAACGAGUAAUACUAACAAUUUCAUGAAUACACAUAAUCGGUUAUGUGUUGACUCGAACAUUAUGUGCGAUGAAUUUGAAGAAUCCUCCCAAAUACCAAUAAAUUUGACAAUCGGUGCCUUGUACAAUAACAAUAAUUAUAAUAUUUUGAAUAAAUUACAGGAACUGUGUGCAAGAGGUACACACAAACUGUCGAUAGACGUAAAAGGAUUAAGUAAUAAUUCAAACUUUGAGUUUAAGUUUAAGAACUGUUUUGAAUCAUUACAAAUAGAAAACACACACGCUAGGAAGAGUGGUAAACGUGAUAAAUAUAACUUCGUUGAAGUAUUCUUUAAGUUUGUAAAGAGAUCGUUAGGAAUAGCUCAGAUAGUAGGAUCGAGUGGAUCAGGGAAAACGGCAAUUUGUUUAAAAAUAGCACAAAACAUAAGAGGAACAGUACUGUAUUUGGAUAUUAGUGGAUCAUUUGACGCGAGAAGGGGGCCGCCUAGCAAGAGUUUCAUACCACUGCGUCUAUACACGCUGGAGGAGUUAACACUGUUUUUGAACGAUUUUGAAAGGAGACUUAGCCAAAAUAAGCCACUGUGCGAUAUUUUAGACCUGAGCGCAAGCACAGUUGAAAUGCUUAUUAUAGAUUCACUCUGGUGUGUAGAUCAACUGGAUAAGUUCCACAGACAGGAAUAUUUAUUUAAUUUGUCAGUGAUACUGAGAAAGAUAUCCUGGAAGUAUAACAUAAGCGUAAUAGUGUGCAUAAAUCAGACACACAAGUUCAGUAAGUUGACGAAGAAAUUUGAAUAUUUUAAAACAAAUUUUAGUAAAGAUGAAGAUAGCAGAGUCGCUGGAAGCAACAUCCACUUAGAAAAAAGGAAAAACGUAUAUAAUAAAUGGAAUUCGAACUGUUACGUAAAGUUUAUAUUAAACUAUAAGAAUCUGAGUCAUAGCAUAAACCAGUUGAACAAAGAUAAAGAAUACGUGCCAUUAAGAACGAGUGACGAUAGUUCGUUCUUACACCCAGAUCAGUUGCCGUGGAAGUUUAUAGAAAUAGACACUUUCAAAAAGUUUCUGAUAGCCACGAAGAGGAGAUCAGGAAGGAAAAGAUCAGACGUGAGGAACCUGUGCAUAAUUAAGGGGCAGACAGGGAGCGGGAAGGUGACGACAGUGAAGAGGCUGUGCAGAGAUAUGAACAUCAAGGUGGUGGAGUACGACCAGUUUAACACGCCUUUUAACAAGGAACAUGAUUACGAAAACAGCAUAGAUAACCUGAUAAGGUUCCUGCAAGGCUCCCUCUCAAGAAGCACGCUCAAAAGCACGAAGGUUAAUCCAAUAGUGGCAGAGGCAGUGUCAGUAGGAGGAAGGAGUCUGAAGAGAAUAAAGUCGUCACACGAUGAGUACGGGAGGGUGUCCCAGAACAGAUACGGAAGCAAGGAGACUUCGGAUGACAGCGAGGAGGGGCAGCUGGCGCUGAUAUACGACCUCCCGAGGGCGCUGCUAACCUGCAAGUACGCAGCACUGUACCCGAUACAGAACAUACUGAACGCAGUGUUGAACUCAGACAGCAUUUACCCGCUGGUGAUAGUGACGCUGGACACGAAGGAGGACAGCACGAUCCUGAGGAGAGUCCUGCCGUCGAACUACGCGAAGGACCCGAGGUGCCUGGUGCUGACGCUGAAGGAGAUCACGAAGACGAAGGUAUUCUCACUCCUGAAGGUGAAGAAGAGCAGCUUGGUGAACCACAUCGUCGACAUCUCGUCGGGAGACAUACGCUACAUACUGAACAACCUGAAGUUCUACAAUAUCGGCGGGGAGCAGGGAAAGGAGGAAAUAUACGAGCACAUGGUCGAAAGAAACAACCUGAACAACUUUAGUCUCCUAGGGAAGAUACUGUUCAACAAAAGGGUGCCAAUAAAGGUCCUGGGAAGUACAAACGCUGGAAAUACAGACAGCCCUAGUACUAACAGUAGCAUAGGCGUUAAUAGUGGCAGUACCAAUAACAGUGGCAAUAGAGGUAGCGGUAGCACUACUACUACCAAUAGUGGUACUAACAGUAACAUUAACUCUACCACUAACAAUAACAUUAACGCUAACAAUAGCAGCAACACGAGUGCCAGUGAUGACAAAGGGAGAACGAGCGCCGUAGAGCCGAAAACUAGUGAUAGUACGCCCACGGGAGGCAGUUACAUUAAGAUGUGGACGGGGAGUGGAAGUAGUCAGUGGUUCCAUACAAGUGGUAGCCUGAGUCCAGCCUCGAGUGUGGGACGUAGCGUGAGUCCCAGCGGUGCCAGCAGCAAAAUGUACAGUCCGAGUAACACUGCGAGUAACCUAGUGAGUCCAAGUAACACAAUCGCAGGAGCGCCGAGUCCAGCCACAGGGACGAGCAGCAGCAUAAACAGCCCAGGUGGCGGCGCCCCAAAAGUUAACUAUAACGACCUGAUUCGCUAUUUAAAGUAUAACAGGUGUUUCAGCAUGUGCAGACCAGUGAGAAAUAGGCCAGCUGGAGAAAAGGAGGAGAGUAAAGGAACACAGUCGUCAGGGAGCAGCCAGGAAAAGGAACUCGGCACGCAGGAAAAACUUAAGAGGUCAGUAAAUAAAGUGCCCAUAGGAGUCAAGCUGGACGGAAUAACGGAAGAAUAUGACGCUAAAAGACCACUGUCGUACACGAAAUGGCCAAAAAUAGUGCCGGAAGAAGACGCGCCAGGAUUCAGACUGACGGCAUCGAGAAUGCUGCCCAAGUUGACGAGGCCAGUGCUGCGGUACAGACCAGAGGAGCUGGUGGAGUCGAUCAAGUCGGACCCAAACUACUUCUCAAACUGCCUGUUCGACAACUACUCGGACCUGUUCGGAAGCAUGGACGACUGCUGCGCACUCACGAGGCACUUCACGUCGGCGGACGUCUUCAACGCCUCGAACAAGUAUAUGCAGGACCAGGAGGCAGUGAAGCACUACCUGUCAAUAUGCAUCAGAGCGGCGGCAGACAGCAACAUCCACGGAUUCGACCUGAACAGAAGAGGCUUCCACCACUUCAUCCCGCACUCGAACUACAGAGUGAAGAUGGACCACAUCAAGGGGCUCGUCCAGGAGUUCAAGCUUGAGGCGUCGAGACACCAAGCGGUGCCAUACACGCAGGAGUCGCUGCUGCUCGAAAUCAUCCCGGUGCUCUCAAUGGUGACGGCAGAAGAGGAGGCGCUCACGGAGGUCUUCAGCCAGACUCAGAGCCAGCCAGCGACGACGGACGAGGAGUACGACAUCCUCGACGUUAUGGAGCAGGUGGAAAUGAUGCUGGAGAAGGGAGAGACGAGGAGCCAGAGCACGGAAACGCGAGGAUUCAAGCAGUCGACCAUAUUCACGGCGAAGUUGAACCAGAUCGUCCAGGAAGUGAGCAAGUAUUACGCAGGAAGAGUGUCGCAGUAG